GUGAUUUAAAUGUCUGCUCUGUUUCCCAAUAAGAAUUAAUUUUUUUAUGAAUAGAUUGAUUGUUAUGUUCGAGGAGUUCAGUCCAUUUUAAAACCCAUUCUCACUAUUACCGUAUAUGCAUGUAUAUAACAGUAUAGAGUAAAAGAACGUAAAACAUCCACAGAUCAAUGACAGGUUAGGUCUGUGAUAUGGAUAAUUAGAUUGAUAUUGGACCAUUUUUCAGAAAGGUAUUCCGCGUUUCGAAGAUGGGUAAAAACAACAGCAAACUGCAGCCAGGAACAAUCGAGGAACUUAGUAAACAAACCGAGUUCUCAGAACAAGAGCUGCAACAAUGGUACAAAGAUUUCAUGAAUGACUUCCCAAAAGGUUAUGUAAAGCUGCACGAAUUUGAGAAGAUGUACGAAGGAUUUUUCCCUAAUGGAGAUGCAUCCAAGUUUGCCAGACACGUUUUUCAUGCGUUUGAUCAAAAUGGUGAUGGGCACAUUGAUUUCAAAGAGUUUGUGUGUGGGUUAAACGCCACACUUCGAGGAACAAUAGAACAGAAGCUGAAAUGGGCUUUCAGGGUAUACGAUAUUCAUGAGGACGGGUUUAUUUCUAAGGAUGAAAUGAAGGAUAUUAUCUCAGCUAUUCAUAAAGUAACUGGCAAUACGAGGGACGCUGGUAAACAGAAGACCUUACAAGAGGAGAUAGACGAAGUGUUCCAGAGGAUGGACAAAAACGCCGACCAGAAAAUCUCCCUCAAAGAAUUCGUGGAAAACGCGGCCAGGGACCCGGGCUUAGUAUCGUUACUUGAACUCCACCAGACCACUGACAAGUGUUCUAAAUAAGGCAGAGGAGAACUGAUCUAAAAUGUAAAAAUGACCCACAGGUGCAAAGAUUCCAAUGAUAUCAUCAUUCCUGAUGUAAAAACUAAAUGUCGUAUACCAGGGAAAAGGCAGAUUGAUUGUAAUCUUGCUUGGAAUCAAUAUGGAAGCCUAUUUUCAAUAUUGUAAGCAGACAUCAGAAUUACAAAGAUCAUCAUUAAUAAAGUUCUUUGUAUCACACAGAAUUACCUAUCUGUCAUAU